GCUUCUACGACAAGGUAGAGAUUUUGCUAGUUAACGGCACAGUUAACAUGAUUAAAAAACAAUCAAACCCGAAUCUACGGUAAAGUAGCAAAUUCAGACAGCCACUCCACGCGCACCAGCGAUAGCCCCGGUGUCAGAAAGUGAUAGGAUGCCACUCCUUAACUAAGUGAGAGCCACCUUUUUUUUCCUCGGCACCACAGAGCCGGGAUGCUGAGCUGCAGAGCUGGCUGCAGCGGUGGAGGCUGAGUGAGAGGCGACCGAACCAGAGCUCCGACCGCCACGAAGCGCGGCACCCGCACAAAGCUCCCUGAAGUGGAAGGCGAUGUUCGGCGCUCGAGGGUAAAGGAGCUGGACACCGAAAGAGAAGCACAUCUACUGAUUCUAUUUUUUCUACUUGAGGAUGUACUGUUUACGCUGGCUCACCAGAUAAAGCGGCAGAGACGGGGAUCCGGACUUCACUGGAUUUUCUUAACACCGCUGCCAUUCCGUGGUUUGGGUCGGGAGGGAGCGACUCGGCGGCGGUCACCGCAACGGGCAUCAUCCGGGAGAGGACGGGAAAAGUGAGACGACAGAGCGCCUCGUUGGAUUUCCGCACAGCUUUAAUGAAGAAGCAGACCUGCUAACAUUCUUGCAGAAGGGACCCUUUUCAACAAGUAUGGGGUCACCAUGGAAACCAUUUCUGCUCCUGUCUGUCAUCAGUGGCCUUUCAGACUUGGCGAGAGCUGUUGCAGCACGGCCCAUAUCAUAUGCAGCAGUGCUGCGAAUGAAAGCAGACAGCUCUUCAUCAGUGCUCAGCUCGCGGAGCCGGCCUCGAGAACAACGCGGUGGUGGACUGGUGGCUCCUGACUGGUCUGCUUUCUCCAGUCAUCCCCUGUCAGCCCUGAGUUUGCUCAGCUCUCAGGAGGAUUACCGGAGCGAAGAGAGUGAGGAGUUUGGGCCUGUUUUCAUACAGGAGCCAGACGAUGUUAUUUUUCCUUUGGACUCUGAUGAGAAGAAAGUGGUGAUGCACUGUGAAGCACGGGGGAAUCCACCGCCCACAUACAGUUGGUACAUCAAUGGGACAAAGGUGGACGUAGAGGCAGAUUACCGCUACAGCUUCGUUGAUGGGAACCUAAUUAUUACCAAUGCAAGUGAGGUCACGGACUAUGGGAAGUACCAGUGCAAAGCAGAGAACAGCUUCGGGAUUGUCCUAAGUCGAGACGGUUUGUUGCAGUUUGCAUAUCUGGGUGCUUUCAGUGGAAAGGCCAGAGGUGCGGUGUCUGUGCGUGAAGGCCAAGGAGUGGUGCUCAUGUGUACGCCUCCUCCUCAUUCAGCAGAGAUCAUCUAUAGCUGGGUGUUCAAUGAAUUCCCAUCGUUUGUUGCGGAGGACAGCCGCCGCUUCAUUUCCCAGGACACCGGAAACCUGUACAUCUCCAAGGUGCAGCCGUCCGACGUAGGAAGUUACAUCUGCCUGGUGAAGAACACGGUGACGAACGCGAGGGUGCUGAGCCCCCCAACACCUCUGACUCUGAAAACCGAUGGUGUCAUGGGUGAAUAUGAGCCCAAAAUUGAAGUACACUUCCCUACAUCUGUUCUGGCUGCCAAAGGAGUCACUGUCAGGCUGGAGUGCUUCGCUCUGGGGAAUCCAGUGCCAACAAUCACGUGGAGAAAGAUAAAUGGCAACAUCCCCAAGAAAGCCAGGCUUCGCAAGUCCCAGGCCGUGCUGGAGAUCCCCAACAUUCAGCUGGAGGACUCGGGAACGUACGAGUGUAAAGCUGAGAAUCCCCGAGGAGGCACCGCUUUCAAAGGACAUCUGCAGGUCUACACCCUCCCACAGUGGGUCAGAAUGAUUAAUGACACUCAGAUGGAUAGUGGAGAGAAGCUCCAGUGGGAGUGCAAGGCCACAGGGAGGCCCCGGCCCACCUAUCGCUGGCUACGCAAUGGUUUGCCCUUGACAUCGCAGGAGCGAUUGGAAAUCGCAACUGGUGAACUUACCAUUCACAAAGUGCAGCAGGCCGACUCAGGAAUGUACCAGUGCGUGGCGGAGAAUAAAUACGGCGCUGUCUACUCCAAUGCUGAGCUGAAGAUUCUAGCGUCUCCACCGGUGUUUGUCCCUAAUCCUGUCCGGGUCAUCGCCACACUGGGAAAAGAUGUGUCACUGGAAUGUAAACCCAGAGCAUCGCCCAAACCACGGAUAACAUGGAGGAGGGGGGACAGAAGGAUCCAGCCCAAUAAAAGAAUCAUGCUGUUACGGAACAACACUCUGAGAAUUGUUAACUCCAGCCGGGCAGAUGAGGGGAACUACGUGUGCCGGGCAGAGAAUCAGCUGGGCUCGGCGGAGCUGACUGCCAUACUGUGGGUAAAAGAGGCCAUGCGUGUGGAGCUGAGUCCAACCAGAGUGGAGGUGACCGUGGGCGAGAGCGUGGUGCUGAGCUGCAAGGCCACGCACGACACCUCGCUGGACGUCUCCUUCCAGUGGUUCUUCAACCAGAAGCCCAUCAACUUUCAGCAGGACGGCGGCCACUUUGAAUACAUCCAAACAGUAAGAAUGAGACAGUCUUCCACGGUGGAUUUGAUGAUCAGGAGCAUUUUGCUGAAGCAUGCUGGGAAGUACGGAUGCCGCGCUCAGACCAGCGCCGACGCCUUGUUUGCAGAAGCGGAGCUUCUUGUACGAGGUCCUCCCGGGCCCCCUGGAGUGGUGAUAGUAGAGGAAAUUACUGACCUGACAGCCACCCUGUCCUGGACUCGUGGCCUGGACAACCACAGCCCCAUCAGCAGCUAUAAUGUACAAGCCCGCAGCCCAUUUUCGUUAGGCUGGCAAACUGUCAAAACAGAUCCAGAGCCAGUCACAGGGGACAUGGAGUCAGCCAUUGCCGUGGAGCUCAACCCCUGGGUGGAUUAUGAGUUUAGAGUGGUGGCCACCAAUGCUAUUGGAACCGGAGACCCUAGUGCACCUUCAAGAGCAGUUAAGACCAAAGAAGCAGUCCCGUCAGUGGCACCGACGAAUGUUAGUGGAGGAAACGGCCGCAGGCAUGAGCUGGUCAUCUCGUGGGAGCCAGUAUCCGAGGAGUUCCAAAACGGCGAGGGCUUCGGGUACAUCGUCGCAUUCCGCGCCAACGGAACCCGAGGCUGGAAGGAGAAGAUGGUGACGUCGGCGGACUCCACCACGUACAAGUACCGAGACGAGACCUUCCCUCCUCUCACCCCGUUUGAGGUCAAGGUCGGCGUCUACAACAAUAAGGGCGAUGGGCCCUUUAGCAAAGUUGUCAUCAUCCACUCUGCUGAGGGCGAGCCGAGGGAGGCGCCGUCCGAGGUGAAAGCUUACAGUAUCUCUUCAUCAGAAAUCAGGGUCACUUGGAAAGCACCCAAUCCUGAACCUGGGAGACCAAGAGGAUAUGAGGUCAGCUACUGGAACGACAUGGAGCAGGAAGAGUCUGGGAAGAAACAAAGAACCGUGAGAAACGAAACGUCCAUGGUCUUAACGGGACUUGAGGGCAACACUCUGUACCGCAUCACGGUGAAGGGCUUCAACAGCAUCGGCCAGGGUCCCGGCAGUCCCGCUGUCACAGCCAGUACCAGGAAGGCCCCUCCUGCCCAGCCUCCGGCCAACCUCAUGUGGAUUCAAGAAGGCAACAAUGUGUCUCUGAGCUGGGACCCGGUGAAGGCGAAGGACAAUGAGUCGGAUGUGAUCGGGUACAUGGUGAUGCUGAAGCAGGAGGGGAGGGGCCACAACCAGGUGACGAGGACCAUCAACCCGUCCACCACGCUCUCACUGCCGGAGGGAGGCACCUACAUCAUAGAGGUGCGCGCCCUCAGCGAGGGGGGCGAGGGAGCGGUCAGCUCCCAAGUUCGACUCGUCACCUCCUCUGGUGUUCGAGCUAAAAGCAACCAGUGCUCGGUGCACUGCCUGCCGCGGAGCCUGGCGUGGACAGCACUGCUCCUGGUUCUUCUGGUGCCUUCAGCUUCCUGGUGAGGCUUCUGUGCCGUCCUUGUUUUUCUGGAGGGAGCCGCCAGUCUUCCGCUCCCUCGUUCCCUCUGACUGCCUGCUUGCUUCGGCCUUACCCUCCCGAGGGCCCCGAGGCCUGCCAAGGGGGGCUGAGCUCGCCAGUUAACACGCAGCUCUUCAGUGUUGAGACUUUUUAGUUCCUUCGAGGCACCGGACGUUUGAUUUGCACAGCUCUUUCCAGCAUCACAGUAGUGUUGUACUGUAGUGUACAUUGUGUGGAAAGAUUUGUUUAAUCAUUUCUUUUACCAUCAUGUGUUUCUCUCAUUGACUGGCAUCGAACCACUUCCAGACGGCUCCUACGGCUCUGGGGCUCUGCAGAGCGUGAACAAUUCCUUGAAAGCUGCUGUGGUAGUAAUACAGGGAUCAGCCGGUCUGUUUCUUUUCAUUACUUAUCUGCAUCAAUUUACCCCUUGGCUGCCUAACAAGCAAUGCAGCAGAAGCUCAGUAGAGAUAAGUGCAUUGUUUUCUUAUUCACACAUCGAGGAGGAAAAAAGUUUUUUAUGGAACUAACAAUCUUACUAUUUCCAGACUUGCUUUUUGUACAUUGUGUUACCUUUAGAGAAAAACAAGCAGUGGUGUGUGUCAGCUAUGUCAAACUCUCUGUUUUUUGGUAGCGAUUAAGCAAAUGCUUGGUGAUACAGUUUGUUGACUGUUGGAUGUAUGGAGGUAGGAACUGACUGUGCCCGAGCACAUCACUAGACAAAGACGACUCUGUACGGACUCUUGGUGUCAGGACAAAUAAAUGUGAUGUAUAUUUUUUAAA